AUGCAGGAUCUGGGACCCACGGAGACCAAAGAGGCUGAAAUUCAAGGCCAGAAGGUGGAGAGAGACUACAGGAGCCCCUCAAGGAAGAUGCUGUCCAAGUGCACCAGGGCUGUAUGGGGCCCGGAAGACCACUCCUUGAUAGGUUCUCCUUCCUCUGGUGAGAGCCAUGCCAAAAAACCUGGGGUUCACCAGGACCACAAGCUCCUCUUCGACAAAGAGAGUCUUGCAAACACGGUGAACGUUCCUAAAACCAGCCGGACUUUCUGCAAGAAGUGUGGCAGGCACCAACCCCACAAAGUCACACAGUAUGAGAAGGUCAAGGGAAAGCGGCAUUACGACAGGAAGCAGAGUGGCUAUGGUGGCCAGACUAAGUCGAUUUUCCAGAAAAAGGCUAAAACUACAAAGACAAUUGUGCUGAGGCUUGCAUGCGUUGAGCCCAACUGCAGAUCUAAGAGAAUGCUGGCUAUCAAGAGGUGUAAUAAGCACUUUGUGCUGGGAGGAGAUAAAAAAAGAAAGGGCCAAGUGACCCAGUUCUGA